GCUGUGGGCCAUCCUGGUGAUCCUAUCCGGAGUCUGUACAGCCGGUCCAUUAGGCAAGGAAUUUGUUACGGUCUUCAUGCAGAACUACCAGUUGACUUACAGCAAGGCCAACUUCCAGCUCUUCAUCACCGGCUACAAUCCGUCCACCACUGUUACAAUAUGGAUGAACAAAUCCAGCUACAAACAAGUCUUGACAGUGAAUGAGCGCUCAACGCUCACCGUCCAGAUUCCUGCCAGUGCGGAGUUACCCGGUACUACCAAGUCAUGUAAUGUGAUCGGCAUCAAAGCCGACAAGGAAGUCUCCGUUCUUUCUCUCAAUUACAAGUUGCAAAGUGCUGAUACUAGCAUUGUGUAUCCCAUUGAAGACCUUGGGACAGAAUACUACGUGGUGACACCUUUAGAUGGUCCUAAUGAUGGCUUCAAGGAAUUCUCUGUGGUCAGUUAUGAAGAACCGACCAAUGUUGACAUCCUCUUGACCGGAGCGGUCAAGUACCAGGAGAAGACCUAUGCAGCUGGUAGUAAGCUGACCGUCCUCCUAGAACCAUUUAAUGCUCUUCAGCUCCUCAGUAGUGAUAACUUGAGUGGUACUCGUGUAGUAUCUCAGAAACCUGUGGCAGUACUGAGUGGUCACACAUGCACAUGGAAGAACACCAAAUGUAACCAUGUCUACGAGCAGCUCCGGCCCGUUACCAGCUGGGGAAGCAGCUUCAUCAUUCCUCCAAUAUCCUUGCAGCUAAAGUCUGAUAUCGUAUUUGUGGCGGCUGCUGAAGAUACAAAAAUUGAAUAUCAAUUUGAAACCAAGAAGUCAAGUCAGAAAUUAAAUGCAGGUCAAGUGAUUCAGCUGGAAGUACCUGUGCGGACCCCCAUCUAUCUCACUGCAAGUGCUGGGAUCCAAGUUCUCUACUAUUGUACUGGUUGGCAGGACAGACUUAUGACCCAGUAUGACCCAAUCCUCAUGACUAUUCCUCCAGUCAACAGCUACUGUUCCUCUUACUACAUCUACGGUCAGCAAGAAUUCGAAAACUAUGGCACCCUGGUCGCGAAGACCGCAGACGUCUCCAGAGUGAGCUUCAAUAAGAACCCGGUGUCGGACCUGACCUGGAGUGCGAUUCCAGGGACUGAUUAUUCCUGGACGACUCAGAGACUUGGGAAAGGAUUCAGCUUCCAACUUCUGGAGAACCCGUCUUCACCCUUCAUGCUGCUGUCCUAUGGAUUUGUGAAGCUAAACAGCUACGGAUCUCCGGCCACAUGCGUUAAUGUCAACUCAGGUCCGUCCUGCAGCUCUGUAAAAUGCCGAGCUAAGGAGAAGUGUCAGAUGACCAACGGGAAGCCAAUAUGCAUGCCAGAAUCUGAAGCCUAUUGCCAUGCCGUCGGCGAUCCCCACUAUCGCACAUUUGAUGGUCGCUUUUAUGACUUCCAAGGAACUUGCACUUACACCAUCGCCAAGACCUGUGGCACAGAUAGUAGUCUCCCAGUUUUUAACAUUGAAGCUAAAAAUGAAAACCGUGGAAAUACUCGCGUGGCCUAUGUUAGCUAUGUCACCGUAGAAGUCUACGAGCUCUCUAUUUCCUUAGUCAGAUAUGAGUAUGGAUUUGUGAGGGUGAACAACCAACGCCAGCGUCUCCCGAGUAGUCUGAAUGACGGUCAGGUCCGCCUAUAUCAAUCUGGUGGCUCUAUCGUCAUUGAAACCGACUUCUCUUUAAAGGUUUACUAUGACUGGAACUCCAACCUACAAGUUUACAUCUCCAGCAGCUUCUUCGGAAGCCUUUGUGGAUUGUGUGGAAACUAUAAUGGAAACCCUUCAGAUGACCUGAUGACACCAGCCGGCACCCAAGCUCCUGAUUUGGUUAAUUUUGGCAAAAGUUGGAAAGUUGAAGAUGGAGACAGAUUCUGCUGGCACAACUGUAAUGGGGAAUGUAAGACGUGUCCUCUGGAAACUCAACGAACAUACUCAAGUGAACAAAGCUGCGGCCUGAUCUCUAAGCUGGUAGACGGUCCGUUCCGUCAGUGUCACUCGGUCCUAGAUCCUAAGACAUAUCUGGAUAACUGUGUAUAUGAUCUGUGCAUGAAUGGAGGCUCCAAACAAGUUCUGUGCCAGAGCCUAAAGACCUAUGCCGACGCCUGCCAGAAAAACAAGGUCUCAAUUGGAGAAUGGCGAAAACUUGCUGGAUGUCCGAUGCAGUGUCCUGAGACAAGCGAGUACCAGCUCUGUGCCCGGGCCUGUCCUGCCACCUGCAAUGAUGAUGCUGCACCAUCCAUAUGCUCUGACUCAUGUGUGGAGUCGUGUCAAUGUAAGGCUGGCUAUGUCCUUGACGAAGGAAAGUGCAUUCCCAAGUCCAGUUGUGGUUGUGUCUACCAGGGCAAAUUAUUUGCCCCCAAUGAGAAGUUCUGGGAUGAUAAGAAGUGUGAGAAGCAGUGUGUGUGUAACCCAACCACCAGGAAGGUUGAAUGUAAAGCCACCAAGUGUAAGUCCUCAGAGCAAUGUUCUGUGGUGAAUGGAAUCCAGAAUUGUUACCCGGUGUCUUAUGGCACCUGCUCGGCCUCCGGAGACCCCCACUACGUCACCUUUGAUGGGGUGAGAUAUGACUUCCAGGGCACAUGUAUCUACCAGUUUGCAGGACUUUGCAAGAAGUCAGAGGAUCUGGUCGACUUCCAGGUCAAUGUACAAAAUGAAAACAGAGGCAGCAAAGUUGUGUCCUACGUCUCCGCCGUCCAAGUUAAGGUCUGUAGCUACGACAUCGUGAUCGACAGGAGGUACAAGGACAGGAUCCUGAUCAAUGGAGUCUUAUCCAACCUCCCCUUUGUGGUUGACAAUGGGAAACUCUCCGUCUACAAACAAGGUUAUUUUGCCAUAUUCCAGACGAGCUUCGGCCUACGCGUGUCCUACAACUGGGACAGUUAUGUUUCCGUCACCAUUCCGAGCACCUAUGCCGGAGCAGUCUGCGGACUUUGUGGUAACUUCGAUAAUGACAAGAAUAAUGAUUUCCUCAUGAAAAAUAACCAGUUGACCACAAAACCGACCGUAUUCGGCAACAGCUGGAAGGUGCAAAAUGUACCUGGUUGUUAUGAGGACGACAAAGGAGAUUGCGCAAAAUUAGCAGAGCUGGAACUGCGACACAACAACAACAAAGAAGGAUGUGGGAUCCUUAAAGAUAAGAGUGGACCGUUCCGUGAGUGCCACGCCAAGAUAGACCCAGCGGGGCACUUUAAGAGUUGUGUGUACGAUGCUUGUUUCUAUGAAGGGAGACAAGAUGCACUGUGCAAAAUUAUAGCCGGUUAUGCCACCUUGUGCCAAGAGGCCGGCAUUACCAUAUACCCAUGGAGGACCUCAAAGUUCUGCAGUCCAGUUUGUCCAAAGAACAGUCACUAUGAAGUGUGCGCCUCGGGCUGCGCCCCCACAUGCCUGUCCCUCUCUCCUCCAUUGGGAUGUAAACCGGGGUGCUCCGAGGGAUGCGAGUGUAAUGACGGCUUCAUCCUGAGCAGUGGAGAUUGUGUUCCGAUCUCCCAAUGUGGCUGCCGGUACAAUGAUAAAUAUUAUAAGAUGAAUGAAGUGUUUUAUCCCAGUGGUCUCUGCAGCCAGCAGUGUGUGUGUACAGCCAGCGGGGCGGUGGAGUGUAAAGCGUUCAGCUGUGGCCCCAAUGAAGAGUGUAAAGUCAUCGAUGGGGUCCAGAAAUGUCAACCGGUUGGUUCUGCUCAGUGCUCAGCGGCCGGUGAUCCUCAUUACAUGUCAUUCGAUGGUCUGGCCUUUGACUUCCAAGGCACCUGCACCUACACCCUGACCAAGACCAUCACUAAGAAGGACAAUUUGGUGCCAUUUACCAUCAACGUUAAAAAUGAGAAGUGGGGUAACGGAAAGGUGGCAGUCACGAAACUGGUCUCCUUCGAGGUCUACGGAUACAGCCUUAUUCUGGAGUAUGAGGUUCGCGGUAGAAUCAUGGUUGACGGCGUGAACUUUAACCUCCCAUUAAAUCUGGAAGAAGGAAAGAUCCGCGCUUAUCAGCAUGGAGCGAGAGUCCUCAUCGACACUGACUUCGGAGUUCAGGUGAAUUACGAUCUUGUCUACCACGUCAUAGUCACUGUCCCCGGGAACUACAAGGAGCAGCUGGGCGGCCUGUGCGGUAACUAUAACGGUGACAGAAGAGAUGACUUCCAGCUCUCCGACAAGACAAUCACCACAGAUGCCACCAAAUUCGGAGCCUCCUGGAAAGUCCAGAUUCCUGGUGUAUCUUGUGAUGAUGGUUGUGGUGGCAGCGGAAACGCUUGUCCGACAUGUGAUGAAAAGAAGAAAGAAAUCUUCAAGACUGAGAACUAUUGUGGAUUCCUGAAGAAGCCCGGGGGGCCCCUCAGUGCCUGCUAUGACACCAUUAACCCUGAUUCCUACUUUAACAACUGCGUCUAUGACCUGUGUGCAGCCGAGGGCGAUGGGAACAUCCUGUGCAGCAGCAUUCAUAGCUACGUGGCUGCAUGCCAAGCCGCAAAGGUCACCAUCCAGCCAUGGAGAACCGAAGCCUUCUGCCCCAUGAAGUGUCCCGCCAACAGUAAAUACAAAGUGUGCGCCGACGUCUGCUCGGUAACCUGCGCCGGUGUCACCGAUCCCGCUAAGUGUCCCGAAACCUGUUCUGAGGGCUGUGAGUGCGACGAUGGCUUCUUCUUUGAUGGGAAAGACUGUGUGUCCAUGGAUCAGUGCGGCUGCUAUGAAGAUGGAAGAUACUACCAGCCCAAUGAAGAAGUUUUAUCCAGUGACUGUAAAGAAUCCUGCACGUGUAGCCCGAUGGGUGGACUCAUCUGUGAGGACACUGGGUGUGCGGCCGACGAAAAGUGCCAGAUUAAAGAUGGCGUUGUGGCCUGUGUAAAUAAAGAUCCGUGUAAGUCGAUGACCUGUAGGGUGAAGGAGACCUGUAAGGUACAAGACGGUAGAGCGUCCUGCGUCCCCGAUUUUGUCGGCACCUGCUGGGCUUGGGGCGACCCCCAUUAUCACACGUAUGAUGGCUACAACUACGACUUCCAGGGAACCUGCACUUAUAUCUUGUCCAAAUAUGGCGGAGGAGAUGCCGGGCUGGUGCCAUUCACCAUCGAGGAGAAGAACGAUAACCGGGGCAGCCAGGCCGUGUCCUACGUCAGGACGGUCACAGUCUACAUGUACGGGCACAAGAUCGCCAUCAUGAAGGGAGAAUUCGGCAAAGUUCGGGUCAAUGAUGUCCUCACCAAUCUGCCGGUGACGUUGUUAGAUGGAAAGAUCUCGGUCAGUAUCAGUGGUCUGAAUGCCGUGGUCCGCACAGACUUUGGCCUCCAGGUGACCUAUGAAUAUAACUGGCACGUGGUGGUGACCCUGACCAGCAGCUACUAUGGCCUGACAAAAGGACUCUGCGGAAACUUCAACCAAAAGACCAACGACGAGCUGAUAACUGCGGACAACAAAGUCGUCACCUCCAUUAUAGACUGGGCCAAGAGCUGGAAGGUCAACGACAGAGACCCCUUCUGCUUUGACUCCUGUCCCGGUCUGAACUGUCCGACCUGUGAUGACGCCAAGAAGGGCCUGUACGGGGGGGACAACAAAUGUGGCCUUAUUAGCAAAGUGUCAAAUGGUCCCUUCAGAGAGUGUCACCCCAAAAUUAACCCAGACACCUUCUUCGAUAACUGCUUGUACGAUGUCUGCAUUAAUGGCGGUGCUAACCAGUUCUUGUGCCAAGCCCUCGGUGCCUAUUCCAGCACCUGCAGGAAGGAAGGGGUUAAAAUAUAUGAUUGGAGAACACCAUCAGGAUGUGUUCUACCUUGUCCACCAAACAGUCACUACGAGUUCUGCGGAAAUGCCUGCCCGGCUACUUGUACUGACCGCACAGCACCCUCACGAUGUACCGAUGACUGUGUGGAGACCUGUCAGUGUAAUGACGGCUUUGUCCUUAGUGGUGACAAAUGUGUUCCUGUAUCAGGCUGCGGCUGCUCCUACAAUGGUGCCUACUACCAACCUAACCAGGAGUUCUGGGCUGAUGACAUUUGCCGUACACUCUGUAAAUGUGACCCAAGCGUUGGCAUGGUGAUCUGUAAGGAGAGUAGCUGUAAAUCCAGUGAGAGGUGCAUGAUCAGUAAUGGAGCGAGGACCUGCCAGCCCAUCAGCUUCGCCACAUGUUCCGGCUCUGGAGAUCCACAUUACUCCACUUUUGAUGGCAAACGAUUUGACUUUAUGGGCACCUGCAUCUACCAACUUGUUGGCGGGACCUCCACCAGCCCAUCAAUUCCUCGUUUUAGUGUCACAGUUCAGAAUAACAACCGUGGAGGUAACAAGGCCGUAUCAUACACCAAAGUGGUCACACUGGAGGCUUAUGAUGUAGCUUUGACCCUCAGCAUGGACUAUCCUCGCCGUAUUCUGGUUGAUGGCGUGGUUACCUCUUUACCGUUCUACUUCCAAUCUAACAAGCUCGUAGCCUACAUCAGUGGCAGCACUGGAAUCAUAAAGACCGAUUUUGAGAUCACCGUCACUUAUGACUGGAACAGUUACGUUGAGGUCACCAUUCCCAGCACCUACGCAAAUGCUGUUGGUGGUUUGUGUGGCAAUUACAACAAGAAUCCCAAUGAUGACUUUAACAUGAAGGAUGGGAAACCCGCAUCCAACGCCGUUCAGUUUGGUAACAGUUGGAAAGUGGGUGACGUCCCCGGCUGUUCCCCAGAGUGUACCGGAACCUGCCCUCUAUGUUCUGAAGCCCAAAAACAAGAGUACAAGACAGAAAAGUACUGCGGGUUGAUCAAUAAACCCAAGGGGCCGUUCAGUCAGUGUUACUCCAUUGUGGACCCAACCCCAUACUUUAAUGAUUGUAUUUUUGAUGCCUGCCAAUACAAAGGGCACCCAUCAUCCUUCUGUAAUGCCAUUGGUAUCUACGUGGCAGCUUGCCAAGCAGCUGGAGUCACCGUAAUGGAGUGGAGAUCACCAUCUUUCUGCAGCCUAUCCUGCCCACCGAACAGUCACUAUGAAUUGUGUGGAAACUCCUGUCCUGUCACCUGCCAUGGGUUAUCCUCCCCAACGGGUUGUAACUCGCCAUGUAAGGAAGCCUGUUACUGUGACAACGGAUACGUCCUGAGCGGCCACAAAUGUGUCCCUAUUGCCGACUGCGGUUGUGUAUAUCAAGAUAAAUAUUACCAGAAGAAUGAAAUCUUCUAUCCCAAGGGUCAGUGCAGUGAGAAGUGCCAGUGCGGUGUAGACGGCAUCGUCAGGUGUAAAUCCGAAGCAUGUGGCCCCGAAGAAGAAUGCAAAUUAGUCAAUGGAGUUUGGGGAUGUCAGGCAAAAGAGUGCGGCCGAUGUGUUGCCUCUGGGGAUCCACACUACAUCUCCUUCGAUGGCCUCAGAUUUGACUUCCAGGGUACCUGCACUUACACUUUCGCGAAGGUUGUGGACGAGGAUCCUAAUUUGGUGAAGUUCUCUAUCACUGUUGAAAAUGAAAGCUACGGAGAUGGCAACGUUGCAGUGACAAGGCUUGUGGUGGUGUCUGUAUACGGUUACACUGUCGCCAUUGAGAGAGACACCAGAUCGAGAGUGAAGGUUGACGGAGAAUUCAACAAACUACCACUGGUGAUUGGCGAUGGUGAUAUCGUGGUGAACCAAGAAGGAAACAAUGUUGUCUUGCAGACAGACUUUGGGCUGAAGAUUCUUUAUGACACCAUUUACCAUGUGGUCCUCAGUAUUCCAAGUACUUAUCGCCGUAAGAUGGGUGGACUCUGUGGCAACUUCAAUGGGGACCAAAAUGAUGACUUCCAGCUUCCCAACAAGCAGGUCACCAAGAAUGUGAAUGAUUUUGGUUUCUCCUGGAAGGUGGACAUUGCCGGAGCUAAAUGCAGCGAUGGUUGUAAUGCAGGAGAGUGCCCGGUAUGUGAGGAGGCCAAGCUUCAGCCAUUCAAGGCUACAUCUUCUUGCGGUAUGAUCACAAACCCAUCCGGACCUUUCAAGUCGUGUCACUCAAAGGUCAACCCAGUCGAUUAUUUCAACCACUGCAUCUACGACUCAUGCGCUGUCAACGGAAAAGGCGACAUUCUGUGCAAGAGCCUCCAGGCCUAUGCCGCGGCCUGUCAUACACUCGGGGUGACUAUUGGAUCUUGGAGGACACCCACAUUCUGCCCCUUGUCCUGCCCGGCAAAUAGUCACUAUGAACUGUGCACCAGAACUUGUGAGCAAACCUGCUCUGGACUCACCGCACCAAUGAGAUGUACAGACCGCUGCUUCGAAGGCUGUGAAUGUAACGCGGGAUACGUGCUGGAUGGAGAUCGAUGUGUCACACUUGACAAAUGUGGAUGUGUAUUCGGUGGAAAGUACUUGAGUGAGGGUGAAUCCUUCAUCACAGGAGACUGUACCGGACAAUGUAAAUGCCAGGCUGGAGGAGUAACCUGCACCGCUGUAAGAUGUGGAGACAAGGAACGGUGCGGUCUGGUGAAUGGAGUCCGCGGUUGCUACAAGAUAGAAGGCGAAUGUUCCCUGAAUUCUCAGAAAUUGGUGACAUUUGAUGGUCUGACCGGAGGACCUAUCGGAAAUGGCCCAGUAGAGGUGGCGUCUCUGUGCAGUGACAAGUCUACCAGUUGGUUCAGAGUCAUCGCUGAUAUCCAGAGUUGUGGAAAGACGGCAGCAUCAGUGGCAAGAGUUCAUGUCUUCCUCGAUGGCGCUCUGGUGACCAUCUCUAAAGACAAGGAAGUAUGGGUGAAUGGGCGUUUGGGCCGUUUCCCCAUUGGGUCUGGUAUUUUGUCGGCCAAUGUUGCGGAGACCUCUGUUAUUAUCCAGCUUGGCGUUAACUUGAGAAUUGAGUUGAACAAUAGUGGGAAUCUUGUUCUCCGCAUCUCCGAAAAAUUGUCCAAAGCGGUUUGUGGAGCAUGUGGAAACUUUAAUGGAGACACUUCUGAUGACCUCCAGGCUCCAACAGGAAAGGCCGUCACCGAUGUUUUACAGCUCAUAACAUCUUGGAAAGCGCGAGACCUAACCAGCUGUAAUGCAUAAAGAACAGAAAAAAACUAGAAGUUUCCAGAAACCGACCUAAAGAUUGUAUAGAUCGUCGCCCCUCAUAAAAGCCACAAUUGCUGCAUUACUUCUUAAGGACUGUCCAAUGGAAUUACAGGACACAACAAGAAAAACUGCAGAAAACGUCGUCCAUAUAUCAGGACUAGAAGACGCACAGAAUAGAGAUGCUUAGAUUUGGUGAAUUAGUGGAAUAUUCUGAAUUGUCCACUCUAACACAGAUGCAAUUCCAAUGGUUUAUGGGGUCAAUAAAAUUUUAU